AUGGAUGAAGAAACUACUACUGCCAUGGCAUGGAUCUCGUUUCCAAAUCUAUUGCCUACUUUCUUUGUGAGGGAGUCUUUGUUCUCACUUGCUUCUGCUGUGGGAAAAACAUUGCAUCUUGACUUGGCUACUGUUAAUAAGACAAGGCCAAAUUGUGCAAGGGUGAAAGUCCAGGUGGAUUUAUUAUCAGAUUUCCCAAAGUUUGUUAUGAUGGAGAUUGAAGAUGAUGUUACAAAAGAGACUAGGAAUGUUAAGGUUAAGAUUCACUAUGAUUAUCUUCCAAUGUAUUGCACGGAGUGCAUGAUGCAAGGACAUGCAAAUGAGGGGUGUAGAGUACUGCAUCCUGAACCAGAAAAGGAGUUAAAUGUAAAAAAUCCAACUGUUACUUCAGAUUAG